AUGGCCGACGAUGGCGGCCCUGAGGAGGCACUCAGUCCGCGGGGCUCCCCGAGCCGGGCGCCGCAGGUUCGGCGUGCGGUCGGGGCAGGCGGCGGCGGCGGGGAGACCCCGCGGACAGCGGCGCUGGCGCUGCGCUUCGACAAGCCCAUCAAGCAGGCCUUCUACAACACCGGGGCCGUGCUGUUCGUGUGCCUGUGCUGCGGCGCCGCCGUGCUGGUCUACUUCAUCCUGGAGGCCUUCCUGCGCCCGCUGCUCUGGGCGGUGCUGUGCGGCACCUUCCUGCACCCCUUCAAGAGCUCGCUGACGCGCCUGGGGCGCCACUGGCUGCAGCGCCUGCACCGCGCGCACACGCCCAUCGUGUUGGCCGCGCUGCUGCUGCCGAUCUGCUUCGCCGACUAUGGCGUGGAGGCCCUGGGCGAGCAGGCGCUGCGCCGCCGCCGCCUGCUGCUGCUGCUGGGCGCCGGCGGCCCGCUCCUUUACGGCCUUUACAGCCUGGGCAGCUACCUGGGCGUGCAGGUGCUGCUGGCGCACGCGGGCGCGCUCAUCUGCCGCGGGCUGGACUACUUCAACAGCCUGUGGAUCUGGACCUUGGUAGUUGGCUAUGUGUUGGCUGUUUCAUUCAAGUGGAAUGCAAGCACUGAACGCUACUUGAGAGCAAUGUCAAUUCCUGUCUGGAUUAUAUUGCUUUUUCAUUUAGCAUCCUUGGCUGGCUCAUGGAGAAUUCCAGUAUUCCUGGUUAUUGUUUUCCUGAUGUCUGUGGGCACCCUCUAUGAAAAACAGAAUGGAAAAGAGUCUUCUGGAGCAGAGUUACCGGGACAAGUCAUCUCUAUGGCAGCUUCUACUCUAGCGACCUUGGCCAUCUCUAUCACAGGGUAUGAAUCGAGCACUGAGGACCACACCGCUACCCAGCCUGCAGAAACCAUGGACAGAGGAGAACCCCCUCCAACACUGGCCUCAGCUUCUUCACCCGCCUCCCCUUCACCCACCCUGGGCAGACAGAGACCUGAAGUUGGCACGUUUCUUAGGAAGAAGAAAACUAGUGACAUAUACUUCGUGUCUCUCCUUUGGGCCAUCGUCGGAGUCCAGAUCUGGUCCAACCUGUGGAUUGUACAGUUGCUGCCAGUGCCUAUUGCAGUCUGGGUCCUCAAAAAGCUUGUUAUUCACUUUGGCGUUGUGAACUUCCUGGAGAAGCGCUGCGCUCUGUGGUGGCAGGUGAUAGAGCACUUCCUGAAGGAGCGGCAGGAAGCCCUGGCCCCGUGGCCGAUUAUCGGGCUCGGAAAAUUCUUGCUAAAGGUUGAUAGCAAGCUCUGGCACUGGCUAAAUAAGAAGAUGAUCAUCUGGUUGGAGAAGAUGUUAGACAAAAUAAUUAGCAUUUUCAUCAUAUUUUUGUUAGUGAUAGGAACACUUCUUUUAGCCCUACUCCUGACUGCAAAGGUACAUCAAGAGAGUGUACACAUGAUUGAAGUCACAAGCAAUUUGAUUAAUGAAACUCUAGCAAAUCAUCCCGAGUGGGCAAAUUGGCUUCCUGAGGCUCAGGUUGUCCAAAGAGCCCUUAAUUCUGCAGCCAACAAUGUGUAUCAGUAUGGACGAGAAUGGAUAACCCACAAGCUUCAUAAAAUUCUUGGAGAUAAGGUGAAUAAUACAGCUGUAAUUGAAAAACAAGUAUUAGAACUUUGGGAUAGGCUGUAUCAUUCUUGGUUUGUAAAGAACGUAUCGCACUCUGGAAGGCACAGAGGACACAAGCUGCACAUAAGUCGUCAGAAUAGCUGGCUGGGGGACAUUCUCGACUGGCAGGAUAUCGCUUCCUUUGUCCAUGAGAACAUUGAGACCUUUCUUUCGAUCUUAGAGUCUCUGUGGAUCGUCAUGAGCCGGAACGUGAGUCUGCUCUUCACCACCGUCACCACGCUCCUGACCAUCCUCUUCUACAGCGGGACUGCCCUCCUCAACUUCGUCCUGUCGCUGAUAAUUUUCCUGACCACACUAUUUUAUCUGUUAAGUUCCAGUGAUGAGUACUACAAGCCCGUGAAGUGGGUAAUAAGCCUGACACCACUAUCUCAGCCAGGUCCUUCUUCUAAUAUUAUUGGCCAGUCUGUGGAAGAAGCUAUCAGAGGGGUGUUUGAUGCUUCCCUCAAAAUGGCUGGAUUCUAUGGAUUAUAUACCUGGCUGACUCAUACUAUAUUUGGCAUCAAUAUUGUCUUCAUACCAUCAGCCUUAGCAGCAAUCCUUGGAGCAGUGCCAUUUCUGGGCACAUACUGGGCAGCAGUACCUGCAGUUCUUGAUCUGUGGCUUACCCAAGGCUUAGGAUGCAAAGCCAUCUUACUGUUGGUUUUUCAUCUCUUGCCAACCUACUUUGUAGAUACUGCCAUCUACUCUGAUAUAUCAGGAGGUGGCCAUCCUUACCUGACGGGCCUGGCAGUGGCUGGUGGCGCGUACUACCUGGGCCUGGAAGGAGCGAUCAUUGGGCCCAUACUUCUCUGCAUACUCGUGGUUGCUUCCAAUAUCUACAGUGCCAUGCUAGUGAGCCCCACGAACUCCAUGCCCACACCCAGCCAGACCCCGUGGCCUGCUCAGACUCCGCGGACUUUCCGUGACAUUUCUGAAGACCUGAAACCUUCGGUAGACUGA